AGGUCGAUAGCAACCAGUCGACCGAGCCUGGACGAGGACAUGGAAACAGAUGGCCCCAGCAGCAGCAGCAGCAGCAGCAGCAGCAGCAGCAGCAGCACGGGGCUGUUUAAGGGGGUGCGCACGCUGAAGGCCAUUAAGAAGAAGACAGCAGCAGCAGCAGCAGCAGCAAAACUGGGGGGCUCCGGAAUCGCCAAGGGGACCGCUAGGGUUUCUCUAAACCCUCAGAAAAAAGCUAAACCCUCAAAAGGGGAUUUACUAAAAGGGCUGCUAACCCCCAAGCAGGUCCCCUCGCGCUACAAGGACAUCGUGCGCAGAGUCAACAAGAGACUCAGGAAAGGCGCUGUCGUGGUCACUCCCAUGCAGAUUUGA